AUCAGCUCAUAACCACCUCUAGGAGUCAGUGUACUCCGCCGAAAGAAUCGUGAAAGUCGUCCUCAAGUUCGGCUAUCGACAAGCGACUGUGCACGUGCUUGGGCUCGUCCAUAUAUUUUUCUUUCUUCCGGUUAACGUUUCCAUAGUGUUUGGACCGGAUUAGGCCGUAUUUAUGGUUUUUAUUUCUGGACUCUGGACCGAAGACAAGCCGGGAUAUCACUUUGUGCAAGAUAUCUAAUGGCAUGUUCCUCCUAACAUGGAAGAAAUAUUUAAACCAAUCCGAGGUGUCCUUCUUAUGAUAUGCGUGACCUGCUGCUUCACAUCGAUAAGAACCUGCACCUCUGGACCUCAACAUGAUCUUCAAGAAUCCUCUUUGCACAGGGACCUGAAAGGCUACAUCGACAAAGUCUUCAGUAUAGAUGAUUACUACAUAAUGCCUGGAGUUAGCAUAGAAAAAGCUUCAAACGAUACAGACACAGAGAAGGUGGAUGUUUCUUGCGAAACUCAACGUAAAGGACGAUCGUUGCAGGAUUAUUUGGAGGAGAGGUUGGAUCAAUAUACUAAAACACACGUCUUGUCUGUAAGGAUGCCUCAAACAGCUAGACUAUUCUUUGCACAACCUGAAGCGGGGAAGAGUUCCUUCCUCGCCGGCUUUGGAAUGGGAUUUUUAGCGUUCGCACUCAAGAAACUGCUACUACCGGUAUUCAUAGGUGCUCAACUGCUCAAAUCCGUCAUGAUUGCCAUGUUCCUACCGUCCAUCAUAGGCGGUCUUGGGAAGUUCCUCGGAAAGGGUUUGUCCACCUUCUCCGGCAUCUCUCAAGCAUCCACUGGGUACAGCCCGCACAAUCAGGCGGCUGAAGAGUUCGAAUUCAAGGACACCAGUCCAUACAACACGAAUGGUGAUGAUGGUUUGGAGGAUUUCAUGCCUGCAGGGGAAGCUUCGAACACGAAUGUCAUGAGUAUUAAUGUUGUUACGCCAGCCACGGAUGCUACACCCAGUCCAAACAGCAGGUAUGGAUAUUCAAAUAAACGCAUCCACUACGUCGCACCCCAAACCAACGACAACUAUUACAUGAGGAAACCGUACAAGAAAGCCGACUACAAAGUGUUCCACAAGAUUCCCUCAUCCUCUCUACUCCUAACUAGUUACGACCCCUUUUAUAGCCCACUCCUGUCAAGGCUGGAUGCUGUAUUUCAACAGCUGGGCCUGGGUAAUGAUAAAUCUCCCAAGACGGAACUAUGUCGGGAGAGACUGGUGUGUAUGAUGUACGCCAAUCCUGCGAAAUACGCCCCUUAUAGCAACUUGGUGUCGGCCCAACUUAGUAGGGAGCUCAAUGAACUUAGGAAACCCGCCUCUGAUAACCCAGAGAUCUUGAGGUUCUUCAGAUAUAUGAAAGCCGCCAAAGAUGGUCAGGAUGGAGAAGAGUGCUUAGCACACGGUGGAUGCCCUUCACUUGGUGCAAAUCAACCUAGUCCAGCAAUUUUAACCACUUUCAAUGAUAUCAACAAAUUAGUACAAGCUAGAAAUUUAAAAUGAAUGGGAUCAUUUCUAAUUAUUUUCCAAAAUCAUCGAGAAACGUAUUGUAAUAGUCCAAAGAAUAGGAUGGUAUACAUACAUCGAUAUUAUACUCAUAGUAGUUCGCUGAACUCCUAUAUUUACCAUAUAAUUUUUAGUAAUUACUUUCAGGUAUAUUACUUUCAAGCGUUUUUAGAAAAUAUUUCUUCCGUUCAGAUUGAAAAGUAGUUUUGCGUACACCAGACCAAACUACACAUAGCUAUUCAUUUUG